CUAAUCAGCCAUCAUUGUCAUCAUCAGCCGCAGAACCCGCGCUCGCAGUGUUUACAAAUUUUAAAAGUUCACGUCUUUCCCGAUCCCCAAGUCGAAGAGUUUUCUGGACCGUCACAGUGGCAUCAGGAGGUGGAAACAGGAUGGGUGAUAUCAGUGACAGUAUUGCAGGUGACGUGAGUGAGGGGGAGAAGCUGCAGGUGGUCAGAAACACCCUCAAUAAUGCUGUCAGUAAGGUGCUGGGCGGGUGGAGGUCAUCUCUGCUAGCCAGCUGUUUUCCAUCUUUGAGCAAAGAUAACAAAAAUGUUAUUGAUGCUAUGAGAGCCAGCAUGGCAAUGGCUGUGCAAAAAGCUCUCCUUGAAGACUUUGCAAUGAUAGUAGAUGAAGAUGUUACUAAGUCUCUGAAUGAAUUCAACACCAUCAUCAAGAGCUGUUCUGGUCCCAAAGAUUCCAUAGCCUGGAGACCUCCUAGAGAUCCUCAGAUACACAUGCUUGCUCAUGAUGCAAAGGUGCUGCAAUAUGAAAAAGAGCACAUUUUAGAGGCUCUUAAGCGUGUAAAGGCAUCCUCUGGCAGAGCCCAGGAAGCAGUGGAUCGGGAGAACAAGGAAUGCCAGAAAAGACAUUUGGAAAUAGAGAGAAAUAUGUCAGUAAUCAAUGACUUGCUGGAAACAUCAGAAACCAUCAAUGAUGCUCUUAUUAAGGACCUGGGCCAGGCAGUUCUCUCCAGUCCAACAAAUAGCAAUACUGAAGACUGAGUGAAGAAACUGUGUUACAGAGCUAAAAAUUCAGAAUGGUGUACCAUUUAUUAUGUAUUCAGCAGUGAACCAUUAUUGUGUUUAAGCCCUCAAUGAUUCAUACUAAUUCAUUGACAGGCUGAACACUCCACAGUUUGCUUGUUUUGUAGCACAGGGAAACCAUAUUUUUAUCUUGUAUAUGCUACCCCAUUCUGUUCUUUCAUUGGACUCACUUUUUCCCAAUCAUUCAAACAUAUAAUUGUACUUUCUCUGAAUUACAAGCUUUAUAGACAGCUG